CUUCACAUCAUCAGCCACGCACGGACAGUCACACAAGCCCGAGAGGGAGGGACCUUCUCUGUCUCAUCUUCGCAUCAUUUGGUCUCGCACGUGAAAGAGAGUAUCGUCAGCCUGCCUCUAACUUACCACAUGUCACUUGUCUGUGUGUGUGUGUGUGUGUCUGUGUGUGUCUGUGUGCUGUGUUGGGAGUGUGGUGUGUUGUCGCACUUGAUGCAGCCCUCAUAACAUACAUACAUACAUACAUCACAUUGGCUGCACUUGCACUGCACCCAUCACUUAUCCACCCACACCACGACGCACGCACGCGCCCAGCCAGCCCACCACACGAUGCUCAAUCCAUCAAAACGCCGAGCGGGCCCCCAGGGGCCCCCACCUCCCAGCGCCAGCGCCACAUCACCGCUCCUCGCUUCCACACGCCAGGGGCGUGGUCAUGGACAAAGAAGGAAAAGACAGUAAUGGCCUGACUGUGGUGGGAGGUGGGUGGUGUAGAGACGAAGUCGAACCAACCACACACACAACCAAAAGAAAAACUUCGCAUCACGACAUCCUGUCUGUCUGUCUGUCUGUAAGUGAGAGUACCAUCAACCAGCCAACCAGCCAACCACCCGGCCCCUAUCGUACCAGGCCAUGUGUAGGUCUGUGUAAGUGUGUGUGUGUGUGUUUGUGUUUGUGUUGGUCUGGUCCCUAUGACGACAAAAGCGAUGUCGGUCUCCCACCAUGAUGCCCGUGAAUUCCGUCCCGCGCCCGCUGGUAGAGCUAAGAUGACCGAGUGAGUGAGUGAGUGAGUGAGUGAGAGAAUGCACGCCCACACGCCCACUAUGAGAGAGAAUGGGUAUAGGCUCCCACUGAUUCAGACUAUAUCUCGCACCACCGGCCAGGCAGACCUUCACUCACACCAUCGCAUCGCAUCGCAUCACAUCACCACAUCAGCAGCAGCAGCAGCGGAACGGGUAGCCAAGCCGACGGACGGACGGACAGUCAGACAGACAGCUGCACACAUAACAUACCCAUGACGACACCGCACAAGCAUCCACACGACCGUCGUGCAUCUGCUGGUGGUCUCUUCCAGGUGGCGGCUUACUUCAGUGUAUGUAUGUGUGUGUGUGGUUUGUGUGGGUAUCAGUCGUAGAGAAAGGCCCCGAGGGAGAAGAAACCUGGCUGCUUCCACUUGGCGGCCAGGGCGUCGUGCUUCCCCUGUGUGAAUCCACCAAACACACACACAGGCCUGUGUGUCCGUGCGUGUGUGUGUAUGUCUGCCUGUCUCUGUGUGUGUGUGCAGAGGUCAGCCCUGCAUGAAGCGUACCACGGCCCUUUCGGGUCGGCAAAACGAUCGCAGCACGUCGGCCAUUCGCUGGGCGCACUCGAAGAACAACCAGUUUUUCUUCUUCUCAAUCCCAGUCACCGCAGCCAAUGUGUCAGGCUGCACACACACACACACACACACACACAUACACAUACACAUACACACGCGUGUCCGCCAAUGAGUACAUAAUGGUUGGCUGCCUGGGGGCCCACAUACAUACAUAAAUACAUACCCAGCUGUUUUCGCCCUCUCGGGGCAUGCCGGCGCCUGUCAGGAACGUCUUGCGGGUCAUGUACACGGCAGCGGCCUGAUCACAGCAGCAGCCACACACACACAGAGAGAGAUGAGGUCAGCCACGCACACACACAUACACAAAGAGUGAUCUGAGAAGGGAGCCUUGUGGGUGUGUCAUGCUUUGGUCUGUCUGUGUGUCUUUCUGUCUGUCUGUCUGUCUGUGUGCACUGACCGCCAUCAGGCUGGCCUUGUACUUGCAGAAAGUGUAGUCCGUCAACGCCAGCUCCUGCACUCAUACAUACACACCCAAUACACAUACGAACGACGCCGACACUCAGAGCUGAUGAGGUGUGUGCUUACCAGGACGAAGUGGACGAACGCGUGCUCCCGGGAGUUCGUGGCUAUGCCGCCCGCCGUGGCGAAGCGGUCCGCAAACGCACACACGGUCGUGUCCGGCAAAUCCAUACUGACCGUCCUGCAUCGCAUCGCCACCGCACACACAGUACGUACACACGUGUGCGUGAGGUGAGUGUUUGCAUUGAAUGUCGUCGGCCCACCGACCCCACCCACGUACGUCAGGAUGUGGGUCUCGAGUUUGAGUAUGUGGGCGACGCUGUAGGUGCCGUCUCGCAGCGGCGACUGGUUGAUGAGGCCCGCCAGGUCGGCCGCCUUCACCGGCUUCUUGUCCACAAACUUGGACGCUAUCGACACACACGCGUACCCGACCUGCAGAGUACCAACACACACAGACACACACAGACAGAGGGAGGGGGAGAGGGGGAGGUCAGUGUGCUGUGUCUUGUCUGUGUGGUCCCAUCAUAUCAUGUGUGUGUGCAUUGGGUGCGUACUUACCGCCACCAGGUUGUGGCGCAUGAGGUCGUUCCUGUUCUCCCUCUCCUCCCACACUGCACACCACCACACCAGAGCACAGCACAGUACAGCACCCACACAGGAGGGAGACCCACGUCGGUCGGUAUACAGACAGACACGUGUGUGCCCUCUCUCUCUGUCUCUGUGCGCCUGCGCUCACCGUUGAGGGCGCAGUAGUCGAAGAGCCGCACCGCCACGUGCAGUCCCUCCCGCGUCACUCCCAGGCCACUGCAGGCGCUUACCAUGCCGUCGACCGCAAAGCCGCGGACCUCCUUGAAGGCGUCGCCACACUCCCGCAGGAAAGCCUCCGACACCUCGUACUUGUCCUGCACACCGCAGCCACACACAGCAGCAGCAGUGACUCUCAGUGCCUCGAAGGGUGUGGUGCAUGUCGUUGGCUUGGCUGCUCUGCUUACAUUGGCCUUGAGGGCCGCUAUUUUGGAGGCCAAAGCAGCAUUCUGCUGCACUGUCUUCUGGGUGCUCCUGCGGCUCUUGGUGGAAGAAUAGGGCUGGCUGCGCCCUGUGGUGCGUUUCUUUCCCGUCUGCAAUGGCCACACAUACAGACACACAGUGCACUGAGAGAAGCUGCCGGUGCGCGCGGCUUCUGCAUGCACACCCUGCACCGCACCCCCUGCACACCUGUUUCGGCAUCAGCGAGACGAAUGGACGACAGACAGACCGGCUCACGGCCUCCGGUGCAGAGCACUAUCGAAAGAACGAAGUCGAAGCUCAGUCGACGACAACGACAGGCAGGCGCUUCU